UUAAACGACUACUUUGCUGUCAAUUGUCACUGUUGAAAUUUUUAAUGUGGAAGGUUCUAAUACCGAAUGUAGAUGGAAUGAUGCAGCUCACUGAAGCUCACAUUUCUUGUCACAUAUACUUAUAAAUUAUUAUCUUUCGAGUGCAAUAAAUAAAACCCUGGGCUAAAUUAUGUUGUUUGCAGGGCCUUAGGCAAACCUUGGAAAAAUUGUGAUUUCUUGGAUUGUACAGAAUGGAUUCGCUUCGAAAGCAAUUGGAUGCUUUAAUGGGCGCCAAUCGCAACGGAGAUGUUACAGAAGUGAAACGCAAGUAUUAUGAUCGAGAUGUUUGCCGUCUAUUUUUGGCCGGGCUUUGCCCUCACGACCUUUUUCAAUUGACGAAAAUGGAUUUGGGUGCUUGCUCAAAAAUCCACUCCUUACAGCUGCGAAAGGAAUAUGAAGACGCUAAGGCAAAAGGUAAAGAUAAUUAUGACAGAGAAAUGGAGGAUGUUCUCGAGAGGCAUAUUGGUGAAUGUGAAAGGAAAAUUACAAGAGCUAUCAGACGUCUUGAGGAUGAUGAUGCCAAGGCCGCAACUGCAAUCUCUGUGUCUGAAGUUACAAAGUCAACUGAGGUGGAAGAUUUCACAAAACAAAUAAAACAAAAGCUCAAAGAAGCAGAAUAUCUGGAUCUGGAGGGGAGAAGCGAUGAUAAGAUUAGAAUUAUGGAGGUAGUUGAGGAAUUAAGAGCAAAACGAGCAGAUAAGCAGGCUAUGCUUCUUUUAGAAGCUUUUAAUAAAGAUAGAGCAUCAAUGCCACAGCCAGUCCAGACUACACCUCUGCUUGCUCCUUUGCCACUUACUGUAAUCACUGAUGCACGAACCCAAGAAAUGAUCAUAGAGAAACUUAAGAAGGCUGAGGAACUUGGGGAAUUGGGGAGGGUGGACGAAGCACAAAAGUUGAUGGAGGAGGCAGAAGCUCUGAAAAAGCUUGGAGCACGUGAAGUACAUGCAGAUAAUUCAAAAACUCCAGCUGUUGAUGUCCGGAUUACCGAUCAGAAGUUACGAGUAUGUGAUAUUUGUGGUGCUUUCUUGAGCAUUUAUGACAGUGAUCGACGGUUGGCCGAUCAUUUCGGUGGGAAGCUGCAUUUGGGAUAUAUGCAAAUUCGACAGAAAUUAGAUGAUCUUCAGGAGGAAAGAAAUAAAGCCCGCAAACUUCUAGAUGAUGAAAGAUUGUGGGAUAGAGCAUCUAGCAGGGAUCGAGAGAGAGAUCUUGUUAGAGAAAGGGAUAAGGGCCAUAACCGUCGGAGCAGAGAAAGGGACCAUGACCGUAGCCGUAGGAGCAGAGAAAGAGACUGUGACCAUAGGAGCAGAGAAAGGGACCAUGAUAGAAAACGGGAGCACUCUGGGGACUAUAGUAGUCGUAAGAGGUCUCGUUCACGCUCACGAGAACUAUCAAGAGACAGAAGUGAUCAUUAUAGGUGGCAUGAUAAGUAUGGCAGAUAUUGACAUUUUACAGAUCAAACAUUGAAGGUUUGUUUGUACUAUGAGUAUGAACAUCUUACAGAUCAAACUUAUUUUAUGAAAUGCCUAAUGUGUGCCAGGAGCAGCGAGUUGAUUUUUUGCCAUUACUAAAUAGGUUGUGCAUAAAAUAUCCAAUGCCUUUUAAAGGACAUUGCUAAAAGGUUGCAUGGCAUAGAAUUGAUGUAAUAUAAUUGCCUCCAACAUAUGACAUUCUUGGGCAUUUGUCACAUAUUCUAACUGAACCUAUUGAAUUUGGGUCGGUCCUGGCACAUGUGGUUCAAAUUUUAAUGUGAAUUGACUUUUGUCUCAGCCGUA